GCUUCCCGAGCCCAAAAGGAAAAAUGGGUCUGAAUUAGGACCCAAGGGCAGCUUGAGAUGUGAACUUGCAAGCCUAAGUGGCGUACAAUCAUUGGGCCUGGGAGUAAUAUCUGUAUUUUCUUGGAAACCUACCGAAAUCCCCCGGAAAAUUUCUGGCAGUGAAAAAUGUGGGGCUGUGGCCUUUCAGUUUAGCUAAACAAAAUAUGCGCGCCUAUCCAAUACCACUCUCACUAACUGCUGUUUCCACCGUCGCGCUCGCGCCUUUCCCCACCAUCCGAUUUCUUCUCAACCCACCAAUCUCCGACAAAACCACCUCCCUUUUUCUUUCAACUUCCUGUCCCAGGUUUCUGUUCUCUAAAUUCAGACCCAACCCUUUUUGUUCCAACUCUGACGCCACCUCAUCCGACACGAAUGAGGGUGAUGACGAUGAUGAUGUUUAUUUUGACGAUGAUGAUGGUUUUGUUUUGUCAGAUGAGAAGACACAGACGUUGUCUGAAGAUGGUUUUUUUAUUGAGAUUAAAAAGCUUGGAGGUAACUCUCGUACAAUUCGGUCCAAAAUUGGGAUUGAAGCCAGCCUCGAUACUGUUUGGAACAUUUUGACUGACUAUGAGAAGUUGGCUGACAUUAUUCCGGGUCUUGCUGUCAGCAAAGUUGUUGAAAAAAAGGACAAAUUUGCUCGACUCUAUCAGAUUGGACAGCAGAACUUGCCCUUGGGUUUGAAAUUUAACGCUAAAGGAGUUUUAGAUUGUUAUGAGAAAGAUCUUGAGAUUUUGCCUUCCGGGAAAAAGCGUGAAAUUCAAUUUAAGAUGGUUGAAGGUGACUUUACACGUUUUGAAGGGACAUGGUUGAUUGAACAGUUUAAUAAAGGAAAAUGCAAAGGCAACGAAGCAUUUGCUGGUCAAGAAUUCCAGACAACUCUUUCUUAUUUAGUAGAUGUAAAGCCAAAGAUGUGGUUGCCAGUUCGCCUUGUGGAGGGCAGACUUUCUAGCGAGAUAAAGACGAACCUUUCCUGUAUUCGUGAAGAAGCAAAGAGAGUGAUAAGUGCUUUGAACUCUCUUUAAUAUUAUUUGCUUGGACAGAUAAGUCUCCAUGCACUCUACUCAAGCAUAAUCUGUUCAAGAUCAAGUUUCAUAAUGGAAGAAUGAUUCAACCCAAACCUUUUUCACCUAUUGAUAUGCCCAUGCUUUACAUUGUCUAAGAAAGAGUUGAGGAAAAGGGAAAGAAUUGAGUAUGAUGGACACUCUGGUGAAAGGGUUUAAUAUUUCUUUAGUGUAAUAUAUUAUUUACUAUUAAUUUAUAGUAAAAGAACUAAUGAUGUUACAUGUCCUUUUCGUGGGUUAAAAUUUGAAAAAUGAUGACAAUGAUGUUGUUGAGCAGAGGAGGCACGUUGGGUAAGUUUUUGUGACAGCCCUCAAAGGGCCAAAAGGGAUAUGUUCCAAGUAAAGGGGAAGAACAUGAUCAAAUUCUAGGGAAACAUCAAAGUGACUCUAGGGCCAAACUUUACAAAAGGUAAUCACACGAAGUCCAAUACUGUGGGGUUCCGCAAUCUGUGGUGAUUGAACUAUCAAAAACCCAAGAGGGUGGAAAAAGAAAAGGGAGG